GCCCCGAGUCCUGGCAGAAGAGUUUACACGUCACUGUCCACAAGAGUAACCUCUGACCAUUGUUUUUCAUAACAAACCUCUAGUAUCACAACCGUCCGAAGGUCUGUCUCAUUCCCACAACCAGACCUCAGACAUGUACAACAGCAGCUACUCCCGGGCCACUCUCGGACUGGAGACGAAACAGAUCCACAAGGCGAAGAAGGGGAAAAGCUGCGGCUACUACAUGAGGAUCGUCUUCUUCUUCUCGUCUCUGAUCCAGUCCCUCAUCAUCGCCAGUUUGGUGCUCUUCCUCGUGUACGGCCAGCCGGAGAAGACGGCCGAGGAGAAGAGAGUGGAAGAGCUGGAGCUGGCCUUCAACAAGCUCUCCUCAGACAACACCAAACUCAGAAAAGACAAAGCUGACCUCACCGGUGCCCUCAAAGCAAAGACUGGAGAGAAGGAGGCGGCGGAUAAAGAGAUAGCAAAGCUGAAAAAUGACUUGAACGCAACAACGCUCAAGAGCAGCAACUUGCAGAAAUCACUUUCUCUUUGUGAGGCCAGUAAAGCAAAGAUUCCAAGCACUCGAUAUACUCCACUCCCAUGUCCACCGAGCAACAACAAUCAGAAUGGUGAAAUCAAAACUCUAAAUACUCUUCUGGAGCAGCAGAAAGUUCUAUAUGGAAUCCUUAAGAGUAACUUCAGCCAAACGGUGAAUUACAUUAAAGCCGACUUGGACAAUGCAGUGAAGGAUAAAAAUGAACAUCACAGCCAGGUGAUACAACUGAGACAAGAAAACAUGAACUUGAAAUCCCAGCUUGAUGUGUACACCACGAAAUGCAAAGAAGACUUUGCAGAGUCCCUCCAAGGCAUCCAGACGGUCACAAGUGCCUUCCUGACCAAAAUCGACAACUUCUUCACCAACUCGGUCACGUUUCACCUCACCUGUCUGAAACAGGAAGAACAGAUGGAAAGGAUUCGCUCCAACUGCUCCAGCCUCUCUCGACAGGUGGAGGACAAGUUCCAGAGCUACCUGGACAACGUGGGAGCGAAGGUCUCCAGCAUUCAGAAACAGAGCAGCCGGCUGGAAGUACAGAACGCGGGACUGACUUCAGAGCUGGACAAGUGCAAAACGGACCGGGAGAAAGAGACUGCGGAGAGCAGCAAAAAACUGCAGGAUGCCCAACAGAAGCAUGACAAGCAGCUGGAGCAGCUUCUCAAGGAGCAAAGCAGACUGAGGGAUGCCAAAGACCUACUAGAAGCCCAGCUUUCUGUGAAUGACGCCACCCUUAUAUCCCUGCGAAAUGGCUGCACACAACAGCCCAGACCUGCUGGUCUUCAGCCCCCUGGCAUAGCCAUACCUGGUAGAGGCCAUUAACCACUAAAGGCUGGGAGUGGAGAAGGGAAUGAUCUGAAUCUCAAGGCCGGACUGAGUUUCUGAGUGUCUUGUGUGCGGGAGUUUCCUGAUUUUGAGCCUGUGAUCUCUUUUGUAAAUAAUGUUGUCAUUGUGGAUCACUGUAAAUGUACGUGCACUCUGUUUAGUUCAUUGUAUAGUUGUAUUUAAUCAUCAUGGGCUGUGAACUUGCAUGGCAUGAUGUACUUCUGAGGCCUGAAUCGGUUAUUCAGUUAUUUAGAGUGGUGCAGACCUAAAAAUGUGAGACUGCCUUUCCUACGAAGCACACAGUUAAUAUUAAAUAAAAAAAUGUUUUACAGCAUCAGUUGUUAAAUACUGAGAGAAUCUGAUUCUGUGAAACCUUGUGUUGUGAUGUAUAUAAUAUUCUUUACACAUUGUGUUGCAGCGAUUGUUUGAACCAGUUUUAAUGUCCUUUUUUACUGUUUUUGUUUUCUAAAUAUUUUGUUCUUUUUAAUAUGUUGAUCAGUCUGUUUUGAAUAAAUAAAUAGUCAUAAAAAUCAA